AUGGACGAAAAUUCGCAACCCGUCGAAUGUUUCCUGAAGAGCGAUGAUGACUGGGUAUAUGGCGCACAAGGCAGCCGUGCAGAGCCGUGCUGCAUUGAAGAAAACUGCCUGAAUGGACACAACCUCGUGCUACGAAUGGCCGAUUUCGAAAAGAAAAAAAGGUUCCCUGCACCGCACGUUCCAAUGAGCCUCAUGUUACCUCCUCAACAACACGCAUGUCCCACGAAAGAUGCAGAAGAUGCAGGAAAAAAGCAACCACAAGAGAAUCAGUCAAGGAAAAAUAUGCUAUCGGAGGUUUCUGUAAACUCUGUUGAUGGUUUCCGAACCAAACGAAGAGCUAGUCCUGGCGUGGACUUGGGCUUAGACAGUCCUGCUCAUGGCAUGUCUCUCACUAAAAGGCGAAAAACAAUCGAGGAAACCGAAGAUUAUCACCCCUGGCAACAGUCAAAGGCAAGAAUUAAUCACGUAUCGAGCGGUCCAGAAAGUCUCUCUCCAAAGAUAAUUUCUACAUCUUCUCCGAGCGACUAUUACAGCGACGUGACUAAUAACAUACAGCAUUAUCAACAAGGGGCCAUGGCACUGCAACACCCUUGCCAUCUCAAUUGUCUAUGUUACAAGAGGGAAGAGAGACCAUUCUUGAAGACAGACCUCAACGCGCGGCAUUCAUCUGUGACAUGCCUUGCGAUGAGGACUGCGAAAGUGAAGCCUGUGACAGCUGCGACGAUUCUCAAGUCUGCUCUCAGCCCUGCUCUCAGCCAUGCACUCAACCCUGCACCCAACCCUGCACCGAUCAAUAUCUGUGUUCAGGUGACUUCUGCGAUGAUUCUACGUGUUUUGAGUCAAUGUGUCAAAACCCAGCUCAGCGCGCAAAUACACAUGAUUCUGCUCCUCUGUACGGAAACCUACCCGAUCUAG